AUGUUUGCUCCAUCUGAAAAGCUCAAAGAAGCUAAGACUAAACUUAUCCAAUGGACUAGAGACAGUGUUGCUAGUGGUCAAUCUAAGGUUACUGGUUUGAUCAGAUUCAACAAGGCAUUGACAGUAAUGGUCCCUAGCCAAAUCUUUUGGAUGCUGAAAGAUCCUCUCUUCUGGAAUUUGAUAAAUCCCUCCUCUUUGAAGAAGAGUUCUAGAGGGAGAAAUCCAAAAUGA